CGCUCUAGCUCCGACCGCGCUCUUCAGGCACUGCCGAGGCCACCCCAGGCGGCGUGCGGGUCCUGCGGGGAGGCGGGGCCACGCAGCCCGGAAGAGACGCUGCGCCGCGCACGCCCCUUCCUUUCCAGCCUCCGCCUCGGACCCUGCAGCCGCCGCGAUGUUGAUGCCCAAGAAGAACCGGAUUGCCAUCUACGAACUCCUUUUUAAGGAAGGGGUGAUGGUUGCCAAAAAAGACGUCCACAUGCCCAAACACCCCGAGCUGGCAGACAAGAACGUUCCCAACCUUCACGUCAUGAAGGCCAUGCAGUCUCUCAAGUCUCGAGGCUACGUGAAGGAGCAGUUUGCUUGGAGACAUUUCUACUGGUACCUCACGAAUGAGGGCAUCCAGUACCUCCGAGAUUACCUGCACCUACCUCCGGAGAUCGUGCCCGCCACCCUGCGCCGCAGCCGUCCCGAGACUGGCAGGCCUCGGCCCAAAGGUCCAGAGGGUGAGCGGCCUGCAAGAUUCACAAGAGGGGAGGCAGACAGAGACACCUACAGAAGGAGCGCUGUGCCCCGGUGCGUGGUGAGGUGACUUCCUCGCUACCCAGAGGUCAGAUCGUACAUGACUCAAUGCUCUUUCCAGCUGGAGCUGACAAGAAAGCUGAGGCUGGGGCUGGCUCGGCAACGGAGUUCCAGUUUGUGAGUAUCUCCUUCCUGUCUGCUCUUGGUAGUCACUGGGUUCGUGGGGUCUGGGGUGUGAUGGCUCCUUUUCCUACCAUGUUGGGAUCUGUCCUGCACUUUAACAGUGUGUGAACAUGUGCAGACGUCAUGUCUGUGGCACACUUCAUUAACCGAUGGCGAGGGCCCAGCCUCUGAAUUUAUUUGAUGCUGUUUGAACACUUGAUGAUCCUGCGGGCCCCGGGACGGGCUUGCUCUACCAUCAGACUGCCUUCAGUCUGCCUUGGUUUCUCUGUGAAGGGGAACAGUUGCCACUAUAAAGGCAGCUAAUCCACGUCGCCUGCCUGCCCUAGGGACCGUGGUCUCAUGGCGCCCAGUGGCAGGGCUCACAGAGCAGUCUGAUGCUCUCAGAUCUAACCUGAGGAAAGUGGAGUGUGGGUCCCCUGGGCUGGGGCUUCCUUAGCUCCGCAUUGACUGCAGCCGUAGCUCUAUUUUACAUAGGGAAACUGGCAGAUCCGCUCCACAGCCAGAAGGGGUGGGGCGGGUGGUCUUCUGGAUGUUCACUUUUGGGGGUGUCUCUAGUGGGGAGGCCAGAGUGGAAGAAACCCUCCAAGUGGGUGGGGCUGCUGCUAAUGCUCCUUUGCUUUGUCUUGCAGAGAGGGGGUUUCGGUCGUGGACGUGGUCAGCCACCUCAGUGAAGUUGGAGAUUAUGUUGUGUUGAAUAAACUUUAAAGAAAAA